AUAUUAAAUUGAAAUGGCUACACUCAUCGCCGGUUUCCAAAAGGUCCUUUCGAACGAAAAUCACGAAAAUGACGUAUUUCUAUUCGUUCAUUGACCGAACUAAAAUGAAAAAAGAAUAGUUCCACAAAUCAAUCAAUCAAUUCAAAAGAUUAUUUUUGUGCCGAUCGCUGCCAACUGAUCGGGUGUAUUAUUUUUCUGUACGCUUGAUUAAACUUGUGGACUACUUCUAUAAUUCCGCGUGUGACUUUUUUCAGUGACGCUAAGUUGUAAAAUAUUGCUAACAAUAGUGUGACUAGGUAACCAUAUUGUGUGAUGUGAUACGUGUGCCCGAACAAAAGAUACAAUUAUUAUUUUCUGUUUUAUCACUACAUUCUUAUCGUAAUUACCUGUUUUGUGAUUUCUCUACAAUAUAGACGUUUGAAAGCGUGUAACAAUUAACAAAUAUACGGUGUUGCUACGAGAGGUAAAAAGACAACACUAUUCAGAACUAGCGGAAAAAACAGAACAGACGCAACCGUCGCCGUGAAAACCUGUCACGGUUAUAGUAUUUUUUAAAAGCGAAUCGAUUUAAAAUUAAAGCCAGUCAAUAAAAAAAGUGUUCAAAUUCUUGUAAAAUUUUAAGUAAUUUAGUGGUAUGAAUAAGUGCUCGCAUUCCGUUCUAAGUGCUCAAUGAAAUGUUAUAAAUAAAAUAAAGUUCCUUUGCUACGGCUAGUGACAAAACGUCCAUAAAGUGAAUUGAGUGUUUUUCCAGUAGUGUUAAGUGCUAAUUAAUUUAAAAGUAAGUUGUUACAUACGGAAAAUGCAUAAAAGAGGAAUUGGUCAAAAAUUAAUUGCAGUGCCAUCUAGUGUCGAGUAGCGGAAAUGCUUAGUACGUAGGAGAAUGGAGGCCGGUUUCAUACCGGUGCAUGGUGGCAACGCGGGCUCGGCCGUGCCGUCGGCCGUGAUGGCGCCACCGGCGAACGUUAUUCGCGCGCCGGGCCUGAAACGCGGAAAAAUGGAAGAGGCAAUUUCUGAUCGGAUUAAGUUGGAGAGCGUCUUCGGGUUAACUGUGGGCAGUAACGCAGCGUUAGACUGCGACCCUCAUACUGAGCUCGUUGCGUAUCCAGCCGGGUGUACUGUAGUCCUUUACAACGUGCGCAAGAAUCGUCAAACUCAUGUACUAAAUACAUCGCGUAAGAGCGUCACUUGUGUGGCGUUCUCUCCCGAUGGAAGGUACUUGGCCACGGGGGAGUGUGGACAUGCGCCGGCGGUUAGAGUUUGGGACUUGCAGGACCCGACGGCGUCGGGGGCCGUGCAAAUAGGAGAAUUUCCUGGCCACACGCACGGAGUUAGUUGUGUGGCGUUCUCAACAACAUCCAAGUAUCUAGUCUCGGUCGGUUCGCAGCAUGACAUGAUUGUCAAUGUGUGGGACUGGCGUGCCAACCUCAAACUCGCUAGCAAUAAGGUUUCAUCUCGGGUGAAGGCAGUGAGUUUCUCCGAGAGCGGUAAUUACUUCGUCACUGUUGGAUUCAGACAUGUCAAGUUUUGGUACCUGGAGUAUUCUAGGAAUGCUAAAUCCAUGCUAGUGGUAAUGCUAAUCCCCUUCUUUUCCAGCCACAUGUUCACGCAGCCGCCGAACGCGCGGUACCCAGACGCGGUGGCACUAACGUACGACGAGACGAACCAUAAACUGACUUGCGUCUACAACGACCACAGCUUGUACGUUUGGGAUGUUAGAGAUAUAAAACGGGUGGGCAAGGCGCACUCGGCGCUGUACCACUCGGCCUGCAUCUGGGGCGUGGACAUGGUGGCCAGCGACGGGCCCGCGCCCGCCGGCACGUUGCUCACCUGCUCCAGCGACGACACCGUGCGCCUGUGGCACCUCAAGCCGCCCGGGGGCCCCAACAUCUACAGCAACGAAUUGACCAAAGUGCUAUACAUAGAUCCGGAGCUGAAGUUUCUCAAGGACGUGGACUUAACAGCAACCAGCGAUAAAGACAAAUCGAAGAGUUACGACGAUAAGACUGGAGUUCGAUGCGUGCGAGUUUCUCCCGACGGAGCGCACAUCGCGUCGGGCGACCGAGCCGGCAACAUCUGGAUCCACGACGCCAAGGGAAACCUCCUCAGGACCUUGGAGGCUCACGACGCUGAGGUCCUAUGUCUAGAGUAUUCCGCUAAGCCCCGACUGCUGGCUUCCGCCUCAAGGGAUAGACUUAUACACGUAUUCUUGGUUGACCGGGGCUAUCAAAUCCUGCAGACCUUGGACGAGCACUCCUCAUCAAUUACAGCUGUCAGAUUCCUCAGCUCGAGUGGUGGUCUUCAGAUGGUGUCUUGCGGUGCUGAUAAAACCAUACUCUUUAGGCAGUUACGCACGACGCACGACGGCAGCUAUCAAUUCGCACGUGGACAAAACGUGUCCGGUCGAACAACUUUGUACGACAUGGAGGUCGAUGCUGGAGGACGACAUAUACUCACCGCUUGCCAGGAUCGCAACGUGCGUGUGUACAGUGCAGCACAUGGCCGACAUACGAAGACUUUCAGAGGCACUGUAGCUGAAGACGGUACGCUGAUAAAAGUGGCCCUCGACAACAGUGGUAUCUACUUGGCGACUUCAAGCACGGACAAAAUAUUAAGCGUGUACGAUUAUUAUUCGGGCGAAUGCAUGGCCACGAUGUAUGGACACUCGGAAAUCGUCACUGGCCUUAGGUUCACCCCGGACUGCCAGCACCUGAUCUCUGCGUCGGGCGACGGCUGUAUCUUCGUCUGGCGCGUGCCGCACGACAUGGUGGUCACCAUGAGGGCGCGCCUGGCGCAGCAGGCCAUUCGCCAGGGGAAGAAAGCACCGUCUACAAACGGCAUGUCAGGUCUUGACAGCGAAUCGGAUUCUCACUUUGGUUCGCCGCCACGAGAAAUACCCGACGAUACCAAAUCUUUGACACCUGUUGGACCUGAUUAUACGCUGCGCAUAGGCCUGCUGCCGUCGUGGGCGAAGAAAAGCCUCGGCGACACGCUGGCGCCACCCGACACGACGGCGCCCGACCCGCCCGCCAGGGGCAAGUGGGCCACCAGGAUACAGCCGGCACCGGAAAAACGUGUCGAUUCCGAUGGGUCCAAGGACAGUUCUUUGGACAGUGGUACAGAUACAAGGUACAUCGAGAAACGGAGAGAACAAACUACUAAACAGAGGCCGAGGUCUCUCAACCUUGCGCAGCUCCCGCGCGUCGAGGCGCUGUUCCGCAAUUUUGACGCAACUUUGAAACAAACAUACGACAUACUUUCAAUUUCUCCUAGAGUCGAGAAGGUGACAAUAAAUCUGUCAAAAACUGGCUUGUCAGAUGGACGGACACGGCAUCACACUGACGACUCUUCGUUGGGAAGUUUUAAAUACGAGGACCAAGAAUCGACAGAACACGAUGGUGACAUUGAAGACAUAUCCGACGGGGAACGAACAUCGUCGUCUGAAAGAGGCAACCGACCUACUUACUAUCCAGGAAAUAACGAUGACCACACACACGGCGAAUUCAUGGUGAACGCAAUGGACGCAGAGGAGCUGCGGCAAUCGAUUCGUCGCUCGAAAAGAUGGAAGAACGAAUCGCCAAGAUUGGAACUACCUCUCACCGCUGGCACCUCGCUCAGCGGGUCGGGACAUGAUUCUGACGAUGACGAGGUGUCAACGCCUUCUGGUGACAAUGCAGAAAGAAAUCCUCUUUCUGGCUCAUGCGAGAGUAUCGACCAUGCUGGCCGGCGCGAAAUGUACAUCAAAUCAGCGUUCGACAGCUUAAGUGGUGCUGAUAUUGACAGCACUAAUACCGCAACCCCGCGGCCGCUGCCCGCGCCCCGCGGACCCACCAAGGCGCUGGACCCCGAGGCGGCGCGCCGCAGGGAGGAGCUCAACCGCCGGAUCUUGGAGACCAGGAAGCAGCUCGAGAACGUGGCGUUCCGUUCUAACCUAAAAUCAAGCCAAUCUACUACGGACCUGUCUUACAUACCAGAGAAAGAUGGCUCUCGCCGCCGUCCUACGUCCAUGGCCGUGCCUAGUAAUAGACAAUAUGGACCUAACCCCGAAGAGAAUCUAGACAGCAUAAAUUCUAAUUACUUUGAUAGCCUAAACCCUUACCAAACAAAUCUAAAUUUAGACUACCGUAAUAAAAAUCCUUAUGCCAUACCAGCUAAUCUAAAUAAGCUCAUACCUGAAUAUUCAGAGAAUAUAGUGCCUUAUGUACCUCCUCAUAAUAUUGAUACAGCACAAAAUGAUAAAAGAAAUAUGAAUUUUACGCAUUAUGGAGCCAAACCCAUUGUUUUCAAAGAACAAAAACCUUUGGCCUUUACUAUAGAUAUGAAACCACAAAGUAAAGUGUUUAAUAGACUAUUUCCACAAAAAGAAGAGAAAGUUGCAAGAAACUUCAAUUUAAACCUUACUAAAACCACUGAAGAUAAACCCCAACCCAAACCAAAACCAAGUGCGAGAAGUAUAUUUAAAAAUUACAAAUCAUGCCCAGUGUCACCUGUAUCUGAAGAAUGCAAAUGGUCUGACAAAGCUCUUAAACGAAAUCAAAAACAAGGAACGACAGAAUCUAAGAAGAGAAAUUCGCUAAGUUUCUUCGUUGGUUUUGAUAAUAAACUUAAAGAUAAUGGCAAAAGUAUAGUAGAUACAAUCAAAAGCGAUACUGAGAAAAUGAUUGCGGAAAUAACUAAGAAAUACGGUGAUCUUGACGACUACCAGCCGACGUUACAAAAUGACUUAGACUUAGAACCUACUAAAGAAGUAGACGAGAAAGAUGAUGGGAAUUUCUCAUCAGAUUCUUUAGAAGAUUGUAGUUUAAGUCAAGAUGCUAGUUGCAAAAAUAAACUUUACUCUAAAAAAGUUUGCAAGAAACAUAAUAAAGCAAAAUCGAUGCCACGUGCAGUUUCCAACUACGAAAUCUAUGAUACUGACAAACCUACAUUACCUAUAAAACCUGCCCAUAUAAGUGGUGAAAAGAGUUCAACGUUGCCCAGGAAUAUGCCAUCGAGUUUAGACGAUAUUAUCGAUGAAGAUUACAACAUGAAUCCUCAUUAUAACAUGUAUAGAUGUCAAAGUGUUUUGACUAAAAGAUGCAUCACAAGAUCCAAUGAAAGUGUCCUAAGUGACAAUUCAAAUUGUUCAAGUGUGUCAAAUGAAAUUUUUCUGAAAUAUGGAAACGAAGUUGCCUUUCAACAAGCUAAAUUUGAUAGCAGAUACAAUUUCAAUGAUUCCCAUAAUUGUUCAUUUGAAAAUCUAAAUGAGCCUGACGAGAAUUAUUUGGAGAACCAUAGACAUAGUAGUGCCAGUUUCUUCCUAAACCAGAAACGAUAUAAUAAAUCCUGUAGUCAGGAGUCCGUUCUUUCUGACGAAAUGUUUUUGGACGAAAAUCAACUGUCAAGAACGAAUUGUAACUCGCUUGAAAGUGUGUUGUCAGAUGAUUCGGAAUGUACGAAAAGUGCACCAUUAGAAAUGCUAUUUGAAGGCAAUAAAGCUAAAAAACAACAAAGACAUCCUGUAAACAUACCAAGAAAUAGUAAAAGUUGCUACGAAUUCGACAAUACGUCGAAAAGUUACGGCUCCAGUCCAAACAAUCCACCCUAUUUAGGUGGUUUUAUGUAUAAUAAUUAUACGGGAGAAUCAAGUCCCAAAUGUAGAGAGCCGUGUAAAGAACCUUUACCUGUCAGUUUAGUAGCUCCAGUAAAUAAAGUGUAUGGCUUUGAGAUCCCGGUAUCCGAGUUUUCGGGUCAUAAAACUGUAACCAGAUCGAAAAGUCUAUACAGCUCGUCGUCUAACCAACAACCGCCUCCUGCCAAGAAUAUUGCGUAUUAUUUCGACGGAAAUAAUAUACAGCAGUAUACUAAGGAUAAGAAGAAAACUGACGAAAUACCAAGACUUAACGCAGGAGACUAUAUGGCUAAUACUACCAAGUCGCUGCAACCAAAUUUCACAAACAAACUUAAGUAUAAAAGUGAAAUGGAGGGAUGUGAGAAGAACGCUAUGGUCAAGUCUAAAAGCUGUAGUUUUGAAGUCGUUUUGGAACCAGCAUCCAAACCGAAUCCAUUAAAGAAUUUAAUGGAAAAACGUAAUUCGCAUGUACAAAAGAAUCUGGAGAAAUUCGAAGAACAAAUUCGUAAACACGCUCAACACAAAAUGACUAAAAACCAUCUUAAUAAAGAGAAAGCCAACAGUAACAAGAAUAAUAUAACGAAAAGUCUCGAAAGAGGCUCAGGACACAAAAACAAUAAUACUAAGGUUAUUAUGGAGUUUGUUCCGCACAAACCUCCGAAACCCAUUAAACGUUCUUCAUCAGUCAAAAUUAAUAAUAGACUUAAAGCUGGUAGUGAUAAAACCGGCAUUAGUACUUCUAUAUCUUCACAAUAUAAAGCUAAAUUGGAUGGACUUCACAACAAAAAUUACUUAAACAAAAAACAUGAGGAUAAAAACUCAAACGUUGAGGACGUAGAGAAAACUUUCGAUGUUUUUGUUAAAGAAAAAGAUGUGAAUGAGAAUAAAUCGGAAAUUGCAAUGGAUAGUUUAGAAGUGUACGCCAUGCAAAGAAUGGAGCGUAUGAAACAAGUUAGUAUGGAUUCGUUGGAUGUUUUAGAAGAUAAUAACGAUUUUGCUAAAGAUUCCUUAGAUUAUUACGCAGAACAGGAUAACAAAAGCUACAAGAGUGCUAAAGAACAAUUAAACAUGAGAAUUUCAAGAGACAUUGCUGUGCCUGGUAAUAGUAGGUACUUCGAUCCCAAAGAAAAUGUAUCAAUAACAGAAGAAAUUCGAAAAUAUAAAUAUAUAGAACGGAAAUUGGAAAUUAUUAAUAAAUUAGUUGAAAUGGAAGAGAGAAAGAUAUUGCAAGAGAAAAUUUUAAAGGAAUGGCGUAUGAGGCCUUUGAAAGCCAAUAUAAAUGACGGAAGUGGAGUAGUCAAAGUUUUGUCUAGAAAAUUUGAAAAGUUAGCCACAAAACAGGCUACAGUACCUAAUUUUGCGUCUUUGGCUUUAGAUGAGGCAGAUACAGACACUGAAAAUGAAACCAGUAAUAAGGAAAUAAAAAGAAAUUUAAGUCUACCUGACAUACUUGAUACAGACCAAAUUGGAGAUUUAGUUGCAGUUGCCAACUCAGAAACGUCUAAUGAAAGUGGCAACGUUCAAAAACCUGUAGAACCAAAAUUGAAUAAUGAAAUCCAAAAUGAAGUGACACAACUUAAAUGCCUAAAACAAAGAGUAUACAACGAUAUGGUUAUUCCGAAAACUGAUUUACAUUUAGAUAGCGAAAACUACGAGUCAUCAACAACAAGCUCCAGUUGCACUAACUCACCGAAAAGGUUAUCAUUAUACGGCUUUAGCAGACCUAAAAUGCCUUUCAGAAAAAUCAUACGCGUACCAACACCUAGAUUGUGUAUGGAAUAUAAAACCAGACCGAAUAUAGGUACUAUAAGAGGAAUUCUAGCCAAAAGAAUGCCAAUACCGACGCCUGUGUUACCAUCGAAAUUUGCUACACAAGCCAACCGUACGCAUCUCUCCCCUGCGGAUCAAGAGGAGGAAUCUACAGGCAUGCGACGAGCUAUAUCGCUGUCGGAUUUGGCUGUUAAACCUACGCCGGCGCCUAGAACGCAAGGUCCUCCAAAGCAGGCGUCGCCUCAAAACGGCAAUAAUGCGAAGUCACCAAAUACCUUCGUUCGCCCCCCACCACCUCGGUAUAACAAUAAGACCAAUAUGACACGAAGUUCCAGCGUCGGAGUUUUGAAUCAGAGCGACUCCGAGUCAGACCCUCAGCCAUCCCGCACCCAGCCACGCACCCAGGGCCUGAUGCGGCCGACAAUCAGCAGCAUGAACAAGCAGGCUGCCAAUGCGGCCAGGAGACGAGGACUUGCAAAUGCCUACAGUGCUGUGAACCUAAACACUGGUAACCAAGAGGAGUCGUCUUCGGAAGCCGAAGAACGGACUUCGGAGAAGCCAGCUGUUCCACCGAGGCCCAGAGCGGGCAGUGUGGAUCAUACUAGAAGAAUAGGACGCAGUGGUAGCGAACGCGAUCUAUCAGCAAAAGCGCGGGAAGUUACAGCCAGACUGACGGCCAACACACGGCCUAGGCCGAAAACCGAGACAACAACAGCUGAUAACAAUUUGUCAGUGGCUGCUCUAACUGAGCAGUUAACAAAAACCGCCAGUAAAGUGGUACAACUGUACAGAAGUCUGCAGAGAGAGCCGAAUGCUGCAGCCGACAUCAGCGGUUUAGAAGCGGCGAUCGUGGAGACGCAGAAGGUUCUGCGCAGCGCCGUGGAGCAGUCGAACGGCGACGCGCCCAGCAGCCUCUCCUCCGAAGGGGACAUGCUCAACGCCAGGCUGCGACUCGAGCACUUAGUCAGUAAAGAAUCCAACGCUAACAAUCCAGCAAUGUCCCUAAUAGAGCAAUAUUCUGAUAUACUUUUGAAUAUGAUGCAAAGCAAAAUGGUUUCCCAAUUCGCCAACAGCCCCCAAAGUCUACCACCUACCACGAGAGAACCUGGGGGAGAAAGCUAGUAUUCGCUAUAGACUAUGUCAUUAAGUAAAGUCAAGAUAAGCUGGCAUCAGAAGCUGUUGUGUCACUUUAUCUCCAACCAAUGGACAUCAAACAAUGCCAGGAUUAUCCCAGAUGGUAUAUUAUAACGUACGAGGAUAUUUUUAACUCUGUGUAUUCGUUUUAGGCUUCUAACUUUUGAUAGAACUACUUUAAGAUCCCAGGAACGCCUUUGAGUUCUGUACAUUGUUGUAAAAAUUAUAUGAAUGCCUGCACAAUUUAUGAAUGCAAUAACAAUUUUGUGUGUGUUGUUAUUUUGUUUAAUAUUCAACUAGGAGUUUUUAAAAGUUUUAAGUCAUCAUUCUAAUAGAUAUAUAAUCUAAUAGAUAUAGAAUAAUUUUUACGCGUGUUUAUGAUUAUUUUACCCAAUUACGCUGAAGAUAAAAAAGGUGAUGUUUUUAAGCAAGUGCGUACGUAUCUUACCAUAUACAGUUUUUACUUCAAACCGGUAUAGAUAAAUGAGGUGUUCAUAGGCUUAUUGUAAUCCCGGAGGUGACAUAGGAUACAUGACGUCAUGAUAAAACCAAUAUAGGGGACUCCAAAGGCAUCUUUUGUGUGAUUGGAUUUUUUUGAACAGAUCUAAUAAUUAUAUUACGAAAUGUUCAAAUUGGAGACUUCUUAAUUACUCGAUGUCAUGUAACGUCAUAUUGCAACGUUUACACCGAAAAUGAGUUUUGUAAUUUCGGCGCUUUCCACUUUGUGAUUGGUAGAUAUGGAUAACGCCGAAAUUACGUAGCUGAAUUUUAAUAACUGUGGCGCUUUAUUCGUUGACCAAUAUAUGCUAUGACACUGUCGUAUUACGUCUAUGGCUUCCAUUUUUAAAAAGAGUUUGCCUUAUAAAUCUUUCGUAUAUUAACUUUUUUA